CACCUGUAAUGGCGACGACAAGACGUGCUGUACAACAUGGGGAUAAAUAUUGACGUGUGGCGUGCGCGUAUUGGGUGUUUCACACAGCCCAAAGGGACUAAACGUGAGUUAAUACAUGGUAUCAAACUAUGUGGGGGUUUAUUAUCUCGACAACUGCACAUUUUGUUAAUUGCGGCACUUCUUCUCUUACUGAGUGGUAAUGUGGAACGUAACCCGGGCCCGAGGACCACGCGUCAGAGUCAGCUGGCUGUGUCCGCUUCAGGUGUGAGACACACAGGUGUGCAAGGUAACAGCGACCAUGGAGAUAUUCUACGAGGUAUAGAAGAGCAAUUAAAAUCCUUGAACACGAGGUUUACUAAUUUCGAAACAUCAUUACAAACAAUCCGUGACGAGCAGAGCGACAUGUGGCGAGAGAUGGACAAACUCACAGACGCAAACGCGGCGCAAUCACAGAAGGUAGAGCAGCUCGAAUCCCAGUCGAGGAGAGAAAAUCUGCUUUUCUUCGGUAUACCAGAUGAUGGGGGAAAGGAAAACUCGAAUGACUCUGAAGAAAAGGUGAGAGACUUUCUGAAAACUAAACUUGAAGUAGAGUCAAGCCGUGCUGAUUGUAUACCCAUUGAACGUGCUCACCGCCUACCCACCAAGAGACACCCACGGCCCAUAAUUGUGAAAUUCUCUGCUUUUAAAGAUAGAGAAUAUGUCAGUAAAAUAGCCAAGGAAAAACUUAGUGGUAACAGAGAGGUUCGGGUAUCCCCCGACUUCACCCAGGCCGUAAGGAACACACGGAGACAACUGGGGAAGCUUCUGCAAACAUACAGAGAAAAGGGGGAAGAUUGUUAUAUAUCUUAUGACAAACUCGUGGUUAAUAACACGGUCUACACAUAUGACUGGGAUAAGGACUCAUUGCGUGAGGUGGGAAGACGGCGGAUCCCCCCAGCGAGCCGUGCUUCACCCACUCCCUCUAGGGCACGGGACCGGUCUGGCACGCGACGAGAGUCGCCGGGCCAGUAUAGCAGACGACGAGACUCUUUGGACAACUCACAGCAUAGUUAGCGAGGUGGCCGAGGCCGGGCAUCAGCAGCCCGUACGAAGCUAAGUACACAUUUCAUUAUAGAUGGAAAACUCAAUAAGACAAUAUCAACAAUUAAUGGCAAUGAUAACGAUAACAACGGUGAAAAAAGUAAUUAUAAUACAUUUCUAUGUUGGAACGUAAAUGGCCUUAAUUCUAAAUUAAGUCAAUUGGCUAACCUCACAGGGUUAUGUCAACAAUUUAAUGUCAUCGCUUUCGUGGAGACGUGGGCAAAGAACCCAGUAGAUUUUGCUACUCUGUUUCCAGGAUAUAUCUCCUACCAGUGUGUGCGAGAACGCAUCCACUCUGUCGGACGAUUCAGUGGCGGUAUCGCUGUGUAUGUGAGACAGUCCAUCGCAUCAAGAUUCACCCGUAUACACGGCGAGUGGUCAGACUGUAUAUUUUUCAGAAGCGACAUUAUGAACGACCUCGCCAAUAAACCCACGAUAUUUGGCAAUCACUCCGAGCAUGCGCGUGCAGAGGUACACAACAUUGAGACAGAGCUGUGGGACGCUAGCCGUAAGGUUACGUGGACAGUCCACGCUGGAAAUGUAAACACUGACCUCUCAUUAUCGUCAUCAUCAUCAGCAUCAUCAUCAGUAGGAGCAGCAGCACUCCGCCAGAGACAUGACGCACUUCCGGAUGGAACAAUCAUGUUCAGUCGUUACUGGCUUGGAGCUCGGCUUGAUUCUCCACAUCGCCCUUCCUCAGCGUCCGCAUAAAUAGCAGGGGAAUGUACACAGUUUACUGCAAAUGACGACUGUCUGAACGGUGCAACAAAGAACAGCUGUCCCGUAUAUAUGUUAACAGUUAAAUGGAACUGAACAACGGCGUGUGACGGAAUACAUACGUGAACAGUUAUCCAACGGUACAAGGAACAACAGGAUGAAGGUUAAUUUUGCUGAUAUCCAUUUAGUCCUCAGCGUGAUCGGUGCAUUAUGGGUACUUGUCGGUGACAUCAAGUGACAUGUGUGCAAGGGGUAUUCAUAUGGAAUAAGCAGAAACAGAUGCGAUGGAGUGUUUCUGGACCAGAUGCGGAGAACUUGCAGUGGGAUGAGUUGGGUCAGAAGGAACCUGUGCAGAGGUUU